CUGYUCAACACCUGAAACAAAUCCUUUGGAUCAUUCGUCCAUGACUCUCUUGAACAAUGCAGGGAAAUAAGAAACACACAGAAGGACACAGUGAUUCCUCAAGCAUUGGGAGUCUCCUGGAUGAUGCAGACAGAGAGGUGAGCAGCCUCACAGAUCGGGCUUUCAAAAGUUUGUGUGUAGCAGAACUUGAAGACCCUUACAAUGAACCAGAACUUUCCAUUUCGCCUGACUUUGCCCUCCAGUUGUCUGCUAAAAUUCACUCAGGGACGUUAAACCAUGACAUCAAGAAAAGCAGUGUCUGUGACAAGCUAACAGCAAGAAACAAUGAACAUACAACAUGGGCUCCCACAUUCCAGCAGUUACCAAAGUGUGCUCCAGAGGAGAAAAGGAUUGCUAAAAACAACACUUUUGCCGUGGAAAGGAAAUCGAAUUUGCCAGUCCCUGGUCCAAGGAACAAUAAGCAUGUUUCAAAAGUGUCCUCAUUGAUUAAGACAUUUGAUAGGACUGCAGACCGAGGGUCGGGAAGUUCUCUGAUAGCAAAUAAGCAGCCCAUUAAGAAUAGCUUUCAAAAACAUAAAAUAAAUCAUGGCAAUGAUAUUGCUUGCUGGAAUGAUACAGAUAUUUUAAGCAUCCACAAGGAACUUUCUGAAUUUUCUGAGGCUAGUCAAGGUAGCCACUGUCUCAGUGGCAAACAURAGCCACAGAGAAGACCUAAUAAAGUAGACCUGAGUUAUGGGGACUCUGAUAGUYAUUAUCCUGUACUGAUUGAGAUGUCAAAAGUAGCCAAGUCAAAUUUUUCCCAUUCUUCUAAAAAGGCUUUAAAAAACAGAAACUUGAAWGUUAAUGAGCCGGCAAAAAAAGGUAACUUUCUUCACAGUGAGAAUAGUGCUUUUGAAUCAUGGAAUGUUCAUCAUAAAAAACUGACAGAAAAGGAGGAAUUUGUUGAUGUAAAAAUGAAAAAGGAAGGUCUUGUAUACCUGGAAGAAUCACCAUUUGUUAAAGGAUCYCACACACGUGAGCAUAAAUUAUCACCUGUCGCGACCACUGCUGCUAAGAAGAAAGAGGAAGAUUUUCAGAUGAAACCAACUCCACCAGAAGCUGCUUUCCCUCUCCCAGUUGCACCUCAGGGUCCCCUCCCUUCAGAAACCAAACUUCCUGCUGCUUUCCCUCCCACACCUCCCCCUAGGAACCACGUACACCAGGGUCCCCCUCGGCCACCCCCUGCCCCACCGGCCCUUCCCCUCCCUCCCCCCGCCCGGCCCUCAACACCCCCUACCCCUGAGGCCCCUCCUGUGCCACCACCCCCAGUGCCAGCUCGACUUUCCCCCUCUGCCUUGUCCCAARGCUCUGUGUCACCCCAAUCUGUGUCCUAUAGGAUGGUUUCACCCUCAGUCAUGUUGGAGACACUCAGUCCUCCCCCACCAAAACCCCAGCCCCCCUUAACAGAAGAGGAAUCCCUCAGCCCCCAGGUGGGCAAUACCUGUCCACCCUGGAGGAGGCAGAGGGCUGCAGAAAGGGCAGCAGGGAAGAGAAACUCUGCAAAGGAGAAGUUCACAGACAGCCACAAGACUGCAUUGUCUGAAAAGGUGACUGGUGCUGACCCUGGUCUGGAUGUGACCCCUCUGGCUAAACAGRCAAACUCCCCUGGAUCCAUCAGUCCCUCUUUCAACAUCACCGAGCUCCUGACACCGGUCAUACCACAAAAACAGGAGGUGGACACUGCUGAAAGUGAGCUGAUCCCGCUGACACCCCCUCCCACAGAGAGCACAGCUUCCAGAGACCACGAGGAGAGCACCUCAGAUGAUUAUAGGUCCUGGGAUAAUUGCAGGUUGACAGCAUCRAGUCUGUUAUUCAACUUAAAGGAUGUGCGCAAACGUGUUAAAAGCAUYUAUACCCCUUCUCCCAUGUUUAGGGCCUUGGAGGAGAAAAAUAGAGCAAGGGAAAAUGUGCAGGAGAGUACAAAAAUGAAUGCCUCACUCGCAACUUUGCAUGGCAAAAAUGAGAAAAAUAUCACAGAGAAAGAUGAAUUGAGUGAUAUAGCUUAUGUAUUGUCUAGCAGUGUUCCUGAGAAGGACAGUAAAGCUGAUUUAACUGGGCACUUUACAGACCACUGCCUGACUUGUAGUUCACCCCAGACAACAGAAGACCUUCCAUUUUACCAAAGUGGAGACAGCUUGCAACAAGACGAUUCCAAACACCAAGAUCUGGUUAAAAACACAAGGGAUAAUGAAAAUUUCCCUUUGCUCAGACAUGAAUCAAAUGAACCUGAUUUAGGAAAACAUCUGCAGUAUCCAGCACAGAGACCGUUCAGUAGAGACAAUGUAAAUACAACAGCUGGGCAGCCCAUGAAAAAUCACAGUGUGCAGGGUGAGGAAAAUGAAAGACAAGCAGCUACUCAGAAUGAAAAUUUUSCAUUCAACGCACUCCUAAACCCACUCUCACCAGAAGAAGAUGUACCUUACAGUGAUGCCCAAACCAACGUUGUGGUGCCUGGCCAUGAAGCACGAGGCAAGAGAAGCACUAGCUCUUCAGAGCAAUCCUUCGUCUCCACAGUGGAGCAGCCACUCCWGGAGGAGCCAUUUCUACCAGUGCCCCUGAUGCAGCAGACAGGCCUCCAAGAAAGCCAGAGGACUGACAGUGAAAUGGGUUCAGAAAGUAAGAAAAGAYACAAGGAGAGAGGGAAAGAGGUUGGGGAAGAUGAACUGCAGUAUAGUGCAAGUAUCAGCCCUGGUACUGGUGCAGCAGAGAAGAGGGAGGGAAGUGUUACUGGGAGUGAACAGAGGAGCUUGGUGAAGGAGAAWCUAGGGAGAGAGAAAAGGGAAGAGACCAACAGCACAAAUUCUGCAUCUGAUGGUAUAAGAGGCAUGUCCGUCCCCAGGUCUGAGGAACCACAAACACCAUCAUCCUCAAGCUCGACCAAACCCAGCCUGUUUCUGAUUAAAGAUAACACAUUCAGGUCACCCCAGGUAAUAAGGGCUGUCAAGCUGCCCCUGCUCAGGUCGUUUUCCCUGGAUGAUUCAGUGAGCAGCAGUUACAAGGAAAUGGAACGUAGGUUUAUGUCCCCAGCAGUUUACAACAAGCAGCACCGAAACAUGYUGCAUGCCCGGGAGAUUGGCUGGUGGGCAUCGAGACACAGAGGGCAGCCGAAUGUGAGUGAUGGAGCAACUGACAGAGAAAAAGAACCCAGUGAGCCUGGAUCUACUGCAGAAACACUGGAUCCCAAUCUUCUGGRAGAUACAGAGAGCUUUUCGUUUGGAAAACUGACGGAAGAAGAUGAAAAGGUUUGUGCGUUGUUAAAUAAAUUUGGGAGAAUGAAUGAGGAAAGUGUCUGCAGAAGUAAAAGGAAGCCUACAAAGGCAAGACACAGCUUAACACAGCCAAUUAUAGGUCUGGAARAUGACCAAGCACAAAACAACCCCAGCUAUCCUGCAGAAAGAAAGACAAAUUACUUUAAGAAUCAUCACUUAUCUAACCGCAAAGGGGGCUCUUGUGCAAAAAAAAUCAUCACCAGGGAGACAAUUUCCCCUGUGACUGGCUCCAUAUUAGAGGACCACACGUGUUCUUCCGUAUCCAAUGACACUUUAGAGGACAUCCUACACACAGAAGGUGCACCGCUUGUGUUAGACAGUCUUUCAUGUUCUGCUGUUCCCAGCCCCAGGUCAGGAAGUACGAUGCGCUCUCUUGCUGCCAGUUCAUUGUCAGAUAAACCAACUAUUUCCAGCUUCAGAGAAUCAGAGGAUGUUACAAACCCUGCCUUGCUGAACAUGGCACUGGAGAGCCAAGCUUAUAUGCCUGAAGAAGAGAUAAUUGAUUCAGCACAGAGGAAUCUACUUUCUGAUGUUGCAGCAGAAGGUGGGAGACUGGAGCCCAGGGGGCUUGGUGGGAGACCAGCGAGCAAGCCACCCACUGUGCCACCAAAAACUGAAAAGGCUCUGCGUCGGGCUAARAAGCUGGCAAGCAGGAGGAAAAAAAUGCAAGAGCAGCCGAAAAAACAUCAGACUGAGUAUACAGAUGCUGUAGGGAGAAAGCCUACUCAUUCUGGAGAGACAACAGUAUCUGCUUCACCCUUGGGAUACUCUCCCCUUCAUUCAACUUUUGCUCCCACAGAAACCAGUACUGGAAAACYGAGAGUAAGCCCUUCACCUUCCUCAACCCAGCGGAAGCUCCUCCAAGAUCCUGACUCGGGUCAAUACUACGUAGUUGAUUUACCAGCUGAAGUUAAUUUGAAGACAUUUUAUGACCCAGAAACUGGCAAAUAUGUUCAAGUCUCAGUCCCCUCCUUGGAACAGAACUUACACCAGUCCACCUCUUCAGAAAUGAAGAAUUCUCCCUAUGCCUCCUACCCUCGAGUGUUGCCUUUACCAGCCUCAUCCAUAGCAGUGCUGAAAUCAUCUUCYCAACUCUCUGAACCUGGCUGGUCAGUGCCCACUGGACCAGAACCAGCUGAACUACCUGAAGAUAGCCAGCAGGACUACAGAUACACUGAUUCUGUGGAUUCUCAGUCCUAUACUGAACCAGCCUUCUACUCCUACCAUCAAGAUGCUGGAGAAACUCAAGUUCACUUAAUAAAGGAUUUGAGCCCAACCCAAAAUAGUGGCCUUGUCACCCUCACUGAUUUAGAUGAUUUUGCUGCUGAAGGAGUAUCUUGAAAAACGAAGUAACAAAAGAUGCCAGCUAGUGUUUUUAAGAGCUGUUUGGACAGRCACAUGCACACAAAAGCACAUGCAGAUUUGAUGUUUGUACAACACUUUGUCUGAAUCUCAUUGUGGUGUGGGUGGGAAAGAAAAUGGAAGCUGUUCAUGUUGAAAGAUUCAAGGUGAUGACCACUCUGAAGAAAAGUGAAAUCGAGUAAGCACCAAAUUAUCAGUGAGAUGAAGGGGCAAUGCCACUAGACAAAUACAUGUGACAAUACGAAGCCACUGCUUGCUGCUGCUGCUGCUUUGCCAUUGAGGAGGCUGGGAUAGCCAAAGCAAGUGUCCUAUUGCCCAGAUGUGUUGCAUGAUACAUGACACAAAAUAAAACCUAUGAGACCAUCCUAUCCAUCCUGUGAGACCUAGGACUGGUGCUGCAUCUACUGAACUUUCCUCACUCACUGCCUUUGAACUAUAUUGACAGGUAGAAAGUGUGUGGCUACUAAUAAGCCAUAUAUGCAAGAUUCAUUUUUUUGCACACGUUGAUUGCCCCAAUGGCAUUGACAAGAAGAUUGUAUACUGGAUGCACAAUACAACAACCACGUGAAAAAAACCCUUUUAAACAACCAGAAUACAGUUGCAGCUGCUCUAGACUUCUCGUAUACUUUUGCAGUGCCCACUAACAUGCUGCUGAAUUCUUUAUAUUUCUUGAUAACAUCCAAAUAGGUUCCCCCAGAGCCAGGGUUUAUUUGAAACUUAAAACUUCAGGUUAUCUUGAUACUUGGCCUGAAAUAUUUUGGUGAGGAGCAAGGUUGAAUGAAAUCCCACAMCAGUAUUUAAUUGUUUGUUAGGACAAGAAGUUCUUUGCUAUUGUAAUUGAAGUGUGGUUUGGGUUUUUUCAGGCUCCCACUGAAACACAGAACUAACUUUUAAAACCUGAAAAAUGUACCUAAUUUUAAUCUUGUCAAUUCUGUGAUUUAAUGCAA